AUGGAGGUUAAAAUUGCAGUGAUUGGCAGUGGAGGUGUCGGAAAAAGCUGUUUGACACUUCGAUUCACUCAAGAGACAUUUUCUGAAAAUUAUGACCCAACCAUUGAAGAUUCAUAUUACAAAUUUACAGAACUUGAAAAUUCUCAACAAUGUGGUUUUUCCAUCCUGGACACGGCAGGACAAGAAGAAUUUAAAUCGCUACGAGAGAGUUGGAUGAAACAUGCUGAUGGUUUUUUAUUGGUGUAUUCGAUGGACGAUAAAAAAUCAUUUGAAAGUAUUUUGGAAUUUUAUGAACAAAUAUUAAGAGUGAAAGAUACUGAUUCGUGGCCAGCAAUUGUAGUGGUAGGAAAUAAGGCAGAUUUAGAGGAUUCACGACGACAAGUGACAGCAGAUAUGGUCACAAAAUUUAUUAAGCAAUACGAUUUGGAUCAUUUUGAUUGUUCCGCUCUGUCUGGACUGAAUGUAAAGAAAGCCUUCCAACGAACGGCGAAAUAUGUUUUAAUACAUAAGGGAGUGAAGCUUUUAGAAGAAGUUGUUCAUACACCACAAAAUUCUGAAGUGAAUAUUUCAAUUUCUGCACCACCUGACAAUUGUCAUGACGACAAUGCUUGCCAUCAAAAAGACAUACUCUCAACCUCAAACAGUCAUGGAAAAUUGAGUAGCCUGGAUGGAGGAGGUGGAAGUAGUCCAAGCUUGUGGAGGAGAACUACAUCAGAUGCUCCUUCUUCCAAUUUAAAUUCACAAAUUGAUGCAAGUCCAACUACUCCAAGCUUUAUCUCAAAUUCCAAUCAUUCAGGGAAGAGCUUGGGUAGCUACACUCCAGAACCGAAAUCAUCGGAAAAGAAAAUGAAGUGUGUCAUUCUCUGA